AUGUUUGGGCAAAAUAAUUCUUCCGGUUUCGGCGGAGGAACUGGGGGUUUUGGGCAAAAUAACCAGCAAACUGGAGGUUUGUUUGGGUCCAAUACUAAUACUACAGGGAAUAGUUUAUUUGGUUCCCAAAACAAUAAUGCAGGUGGCUUUGGACAGAACACCGCACAACCUCUUUUCGGAUCAAGUACCGGAGGUGGCUUAUUUGGUAAUCGCAACCCUCCACCAGCGACUGCACCUGCUCCUGCCCCUGCACCUGCUCCUGGUUCAGCAGGUACGGGAUUUGGAAUGAAUUCGGGAACCGGAAGUGGUUUAUUCGGUCAGUCUAGCGCUCCUGCUUUUGGUGGUACAAACACAUCAAGUGGUGGUGGCCUUUUUGGUAAUGCAGGCGGUGCUGCUGCUCCUUCUGCGGGAAGUGCGUUUUCAUUUGGCUCCAACAAUCCAGGAACUACUGGUGGAUUUGGUAGUACACCAGCAAACACUGGCUCUACCGGUGGCUUCUUUGGGUCACAAAACAAUUCCUCUGGGAGCACAGGAUUUGGUGCUCAGCCUCCUAGUGGUGGUGGUAUGUUUGGCUCAGCAUCGACUGGUCAAGCUCCUGCUUUCGGUUCUUCGGGAUUUGGAGCAGGAAGCACGAAUACGAUCAAUGGUACGGAUAAUCCUCCUUACGCGGUAACAUCUGAGAAGGACGCACAAACUAAUGGUACAAGUGCUUUCCAGUCCAUAACGUGUAUGCCGGCGUAUAGGCAGUAUUCUUUUGAAGAGUUACGCUUACAAGAUUAUAAUCAAGGUCGUCGAUUUGGAAAUCCUGCGAAUGUAACUUCCACUCCAUCAACCUUCGGGUCUACUCCUGGGUUUGGUACUUCCACUACAGGUUUCGGCCAGACAGCCACUCCUACUUCAAAUUCAAUCACUCCCUUUGGAUCUUCUAAUACGAAUACUAAUACUGGUGGAGGUCUUUUUGGUGGCGGUCCUGCAUUUGGUGCUAACAAUCCGAGUACUACUUCAGGAUUCGGUGCGAAUACUACGAACACCGGAGGUGGCGGAUUGUUUGGUCAAUCAAAUCAAGCAUCAACUACUCCUUCGACUGGGUUAUUUGGCGGUGCCGGCAGCGGAUCGACUUUUGGCCAACAAAAACCAGCUUUUGGUUUUGGCUCCAAUACAAAUACCGGUAGUGGUAGUGGCGGGCUAUUUGGCUCUUCGACCUCCAACCCCGCUACCAAUACCGCUGGUACAGGCGCAGGUACAGGUACGGGAGGCGGAUUAUUCGGUAACGCCGGAGGGGGUUUUGGAGCAAGUACCGCAGGCACGGGAUUCGGUAGCUCUGCUCCAAAUAACCCACCCGCAUCCAAUCCACCUGGAGGUGGUUUGUUCGGAUUUGGUAACAAUGCUACUUCCGGAACAAAUACUAGCGCUCCUGGUAGCUCAGGCCUUGGCUCCGGCAGCGGCUUUUCCUUUGGUGCUAAUAAUGCUGCUUCUAAGCCAUCAGGCUUUGGAUUCGGUUCAAGCACGGGUACGGGUACUGGUACUGGCACUAGUGCUCCGGCGACAUCUGGUUUUUCUUUUGGUCAGCCGUCUAGUACAGCUCCUAAGCCGGCAUUUGGGACCGGUUCUACUGCACCCUCUGCUAAACCUGCUGGUGGCGGUUUAUUUGGUGGAUUUGGUGCUAACAGUACCCCUUCUACAGCUACCAAUAAUGCAGCUGGUAACACAGGCUCUACGGGAGGUUUAUUUGGUAAUACAGGCUCUACCGCCGGAGGUCUGUUUGGUAGCACCAAUACUAACACCGGUGGUUCCGGUCUUUUUGGAAAUAAUACAGCUUUAAAUAACCCUCCCAACACAGGAGGCGGUUUAUUAGGAUCUGGUACGAAUACUUCUACUACACCAGGUGCUGGCCUGUUUAAUAAGCCAUCAACAGGACCUGGUUUAUUUGGUUCUAACAAUACUUUGCAACAACCCUCUACUACAGGUUCUUCCGGGUUGUUUGGCUCCUCAAACAUGAAUAAUCAAGCUCAACCAUCUACCUUGGGCUCUGGAUUAUUUGGGGGUGCUUCUCAGAGUGGACAGCAACAGCAACAACCUCUUCAAGCCAGCAUUGAUCAGAAUCCAUAUGGCAGUAAUCCAUUGUUUUCUAGUACAGUAUCUCAGACCGCACCAACUUCGAUACAGGAGCCUAUUGCUUCGCCUUUGACAACCCAACCUGCCCCAAAGAAAGCAGCAUCAUUGCCUCAAUUCUGGCUAUCCCCUAGAUCGAGUAGUCGUUCCACUGUUGCUUCCAUCUCUCCUUUUGCGAAAUCUGCGGUAAUGAAUUCAGCAACCGCUCCAAGCAAGCCAAAAUCUUUACAUUUGUUUGAUUCACUAAAUGAUGACGUCCUAUUAAGCAAAGACGCUUUCACUCCUAGGCAGAACAUUAAGAAAUUGGUCAUAACUCCAAAGGUGUCACGAGAUGAAAUGUUUCGAAAUGAAAAUAUAUCUAAGCCUUCUGAAGAAGUAUCAAAGACAAAUGAUGCUAUGAAGCAGGAGACAACGAAGGUUGAAAGUGAUCGAACUUAUACUUUACCUGAUGGCUACUGGAUGAAACCAGGAGUUGAGGAAUUGGUUAAAUACCCUAAGGACAAAUUAACUACGGUACCCCAAUUUUGUGUUGGGCGUUCGGGUUAUGGUCAAGUUUCCUUUUUAAAACCUGUCGAUUUGACUAAGUUUGAAAAGUUUGAAGAUAUCCCUGUCAAUGUUGUCCUUUUCGAGAAAAAAAUAUGCUCUGUUUAUCCUGAGGAAGGGUCUAGUCCUCCCGUUGGAGAAGGUUUAAAUGUCCCUGCCAUUAUUACUCUUGAAAAUGCGUGGCCUCUAUCUCGAGAAACAAGGGAACCUAUCAAAGAUGUUGAUCAUCCUAGAUAUGCUCAGCAUAUGAAGCGACUUCAGAAAAUUAAGGAAACAGAGUUUAUUGAUUUUAAUGAUGGUAAAUGGACCUUCAAAGUUCAACACUUUUCUAAAUACGGACUGUUCGAUGAAGAUUCUGAAAAUGAUGAAGAUUUAGAGGAUGAGCCCGCCAACAACGAAGUUUCAUUGAACCGUGAUUUAGGUAAUUCAGAAAUGUAUGAGAAGUCGAGUCAUCAAGGCUCGCAAUGUAACAAGACACAACUUACUCACAAUACUCCAGGCUCUUUUCCUCCCAAUAAUCAACUAAACACUUUCCGUAAAUUCAAUGAUCAGAAUGAUAACUUUGAUGACAAUUCAUCAAAGAAAGCAAAAGUGCAAACAGAAGUACUUGGAGCUUCAUAUCCGGUAUCUUCAAAAGAUAAUAAGAUAGAGAAAGAAGAUGAAACGAAUGAUUUGUUAUCGAACAUGACGGAUAGCCCUAACGACUCAAAUGAAUUGAAGAAUGAAGAUAUUUUGGAGGAUGAGUCUGAUGAAGUACUUGACGCAAACGUGCAAAAUUCAAAGGAGGCAGUGAGUAAUCUGAUUAAUCCGAGUACGUGGCUGGAACAUCUGAACUUGGGGUUACAAAGAUCUGUAUUAAUAAAGUCUAAAAUGGCCAACACUUCUUCCUCGGUACAGGGCAAUAAGGAAGCAACUGGUAGCUUUGCUUAUGACCAGUAUGAUUUGGAAAAAGACCUGUUUGGAGGUAGUAUAAUUGCCAAAAAUGUUUCAACUGAUUUUACGGACACUGGUGCGAAAAAUAUUCCAAAGUUUCAUCUUUAUCCGAAUGGAUCUUACGUACAAAUAAAAAAUGGAAUUCUAAAAAUGGAUUCAGCGGAAAAUCUGUUCAGCCUUUCUAGCACAAGAAACGAAAAUUUGAUAAAGCUUUUUGAGUACCAGCUCUCUAAAAGCGAAGUAUAUGUUGAUGCUAAUGGUGUAUGUUCUAUAUCACCGCGUUUAUCAAUGGUGGUCGGAGAUUUAGUAGCAUUUACAAAAAGCGUUGAUCAAAUUAAAGUUUGGGAAUUAGCGUCAAUAUUAUUCGACAAGAAAGACUUUGAAGUUCCAGUGUCUUUGUCUCUUGAGGCUCGAGAAGUGCUUUCCGAAAAGCUUGUUCGCGAUUGUUUGUCUGAAUGGAUUACAAAAAUCGUAAAAGAAGAGAUAUUAGCAAAGGCUCAAAAGGCUACAUCCUCAGAAGAAAAAAUAUUUAUUUUAUUGACCGGCAAUCAAAUUAGCCUUGCGUGUGAAGAGGCUGUGAAUUCGGAAAAUAAUCGUUUAUCGACGUUGAUUCCUCUUGUCGAUAGCGAUUUUGAUAUCCAAGCCGAAGUUAAGCAACAGCUGAAUCAAUGGCGAGAACGAGGUGAUCUUGCUUAUAUCAACAAGUAUACCCGUCUUAUCUUUGAACUUCUCUCUGGUAACACCAACCUAGCUGAGGGUUGUGGAAGAUCUGGAGAAGAGGGUUACGUUUCUUCGAUGUUUGUCUCUCAGGAAUUAAGUUGGAUAUGUGCUUUUGGCUUGAAAUUAUGGUAUAACACUGAUAUCAAUAUUGCUGAAGCUAUGUCGCUGUACAUGGAGUCCUUGAAAAUGUACGAAAAAGAAUUACAAAGGCCCACGGUGUAUAGUGACUCAAAUGGAGAAAUUUACGAUCUAAUGUUUUUGUUACUGAAAGCGUAUGCUGUCGGAGCAACCCUAGAAGAAUUUACGCUCCCAGAAAGCGCAAAAUGCCAUCCACUAGACUAUCGGGUGGUUUGGCAAUUGGCGAUUUUUCUAUCAAAAGCUCGAGGUAUCUGUGAUUUUUCAGACAGAGAUGGCGGCAUGGAUGAGGUUGUAGGUGAAGAUGGUAUACACUUCAAACCUCAGAGCGUAAGAGCAGAUAUUUUAACACUUUCGCUUGCCUCUCAGCUCGAAAGUAUGGGUUAUUGGCAGUGGUCUUUAUUUGUGCUCCUGCACGCAGAAAAUGUUGAAAUACGUAUAUCCAGCAUUAAAAACUGCCUUGCGCGAAAUGUUAAAAUGGGUUUAACCGAUUAUGAUGAAAAAUUAGUUAGCGACUUACUCAUCCCAAAAAGCUGGAUACAUGAAGCGAAGGCAUUAAGUGCUCGUUAUAAUGGAGAACACGCGAAAGAAGUAACCUUCCUUCAAGAAGCAAAUUUAUUUGAAGAAGCUCAUACAUGCUUAAUUCGAAGCAUCGCUCCUCAAGCCAUUAUCAGCAAUAACUUUAAAGAAUUGAAGUGCUUGUUGGAAGGAUUCCGAGAACGAAUGGAAGGAGUUGUGGGUUGGAAUUUCGGCGGACAACUGUACUCUGACUAUCUUGACCUGGUAGACGGAAAGUAUGAAAAUAACGUCGAAAUGUUAAAAUUUAUUUUACAAAGAAUUACUGUUGCACUGAAAGAAGCUGAAUCACAGUCGAUUCAUCAAAAGGCCUCUUUGUAUAAGAUGACCCGUUAUGUUAACAAGCUUUGCCUAAGCCAGUCGUUAGACGAUGUUGCGUUUAGUUUGCCUCUUACGACCGCCAACAGUCUUCAGAAUUUGCAGUACGUUUCCGUUCAAUUUUAA